GGUCUCGCAUUCUCGCGCUGCCGCUGCAACUUUGGGCUCUCGGGAACCGGCGGCACCGAAUAUGGAAUCUCCUUUCUGAAUUCCAACUUCGGAGAAAAAACUUCAGCGGAGUUCGUGCCGACGUGCGCCCGAAAAGCGGAGAAUAAACCCCACGAGAGGAGAGUUUAGCGCUCCUAUCUGCAUCUGCAUCUGUGCGUGUGUGUGUGUGUGUGUGUGUGUGUGUGUGUGUGUGUGUGUGUGUGUGUGUGAGGAGAAAGAGGGGCUUUAUUGGAAAUUCUCGAACCCCCAUCGGGACGCUCUCGGCUUUCAGCUCCGCUCGCACAAGUUUUCCAGGGAAAAGUGGAGUUCGCUGGGAUCGGCGCGGGGCCACACAGACUGAUGAAGGCAGGAGCGAGUCUUCAAAGAGGUCUGAGGCUGUAGCUGCGUUCGUCUCAAUGCUAGUGGACAUGCAGCCGCGUCAGGGGCUGUACCACUACAACAACACCUCCAGCCAGCCGAGCCGAGGACUGGCUCCGUCAGGGCGCUCGCCCUACAGCCAGGUGUCACCCGACAGCAGAGACAUGUUUAACCCCUCCAUGACCCCAGGAGCCUGUAUGGACCCCUACAUGCGUCCGCCUGACGGCAUGAUGGGACACCGCGGGAUGCCUCCGCCAGAGAGUGUCAGCGGCGGCCCGUACUGUAACCAGAGCAUGAUGGGAUCUCACCACAACCUCAUGCACAACCAGCCCGGGUCUGAACUCAUGGGCUCUGGAGACGCGUCUUGUUUCUCGACGCCUCGCUCUAUCCUGAAGCUGAGUAAGAAGCGCGCUCUGUCCAUCUCUCCUCUGUCGGACGCCAGCGUGGAUCUUCAGACGGUCAUCCGCACCUCGCCCAACUCCCUGGUGGCGUUCGUGAACUCUCGCUGCGGGCCGAACGCUGCCAGCUCGUACGGUCAUCUGUCUGUGGGCAGCAUGAGUCCGUCGCUGGGCUUCUCCAGCUCCAUGAACUAUCCGUGCCGAGGUCAGGGGAACAUGUACGGCUCUCUCGCUGCGUCAUGCCCCAGACUCCACGCUCCGGCCAAACACACACACCUGAAGACCGAGCCUGUUCUGGGCAGCGUGAUGGACAGCAUCAACAUCAAGAACCUGGAGGAGCAUUCGGAGGGAGACGUGGCGAGUCCGUCCUCGACCGGGACCCAGGAUCCUCUUCUGGGUUUACUGGAAGGAAGAGACGAUCUCGAUAAGGAGGAGAAACCUGAACCAGAGGCCAUUUAUGAGACCAAUUGUCACUGGGAGAGCUGCAGCAAAGAGUUCGACACUCAGGAGCAACUUGUGCAUCACAUCAAUAACGAGCACAUCCACGGAGAGAAGAAGGAGUUUGUGUGUCACUGGAAGGACUGUUCUCGAGAGCAGCGGCCCUUUAAGGCCCAGUACAUGCUGGUGGUCCACAUGCGAAGACACACCGGAGAGAAACCUCACAAGUGCACUUUUGAAGGCUGUAAUAAAGCGUACUCGCGUCUGGAGAACCUGAAGACUCAUCUGCGCUCGCACACCGGAGAGAAGCCGUACGUGUGUGAACACGAGGGCUGCAACAAGGCUUUCUCCAACGCUUCAGACCGCGCGAAGCACCAGAACCGAACUCACUCCAACGAGAAACCAUACGUCUGUAAGAUCCCCGGCUGUACGAAGCGCUACACCGACCCCAGCUCUCUGAGGAAGCAUGUGAAGACGGUGCACGGUCCCGAGGCUCACAUCACUAAAAAGCACCGCGGAGACACCGGACCUCGUCCUCCGGGUCUGAACCCUGCAGGACAGAGCUCUGAGCUUCUGAUAGAAAAAGAGGAGAGAAGCAGAGAGGACUGCAAGUUACUGGCUCCAGAAACUGCCCUGAAAUCCCAGCCAAGCCCUGGCGGCCAGUCGUCCUGUAGUAGCGAACGUUCUCCACUAGGGAGUGCCAACAACAACGACAGCGGAGUGGAGAUGAACCUCAACGCAGCAGGCAGUCUAGAGGACCUGACCACACAGGAGGAGAGCGGGAACACCGGCGUGGCCGAGUCCGCCGCAGGCUCGGGGGGGAUGUGCAUGUCCGUUCAGGCCUUGAAGAGGUUGGAGAACCUGAAGAUCGACAAACUGAAGCAGAUUCGCCGGCCAACACCACCUGGACGGAGCGCAGGGAAUAAACUGCCGGCUCUCUCAGCAACAGGAGAGAUGAUGGGCAUGUGUGCUCCUUCACCCUUACUCUCCAAUCGGCGUGUAAUGGAGCUUUCUGCCACAGAUCUGGGUGGAGUUAGUGGAAUGGGAAUGCCCUGUCCACCGAAUGACCGGCGGGGCAGCGGCACCAGCAGCCUCAGCUCAGCCUAUACAGUGAGCCGCCGUUCGUCCAUGGUCUCGCCCUACCUGUCAAGCCGACGCUCCAGCGAUGUGUCCCAAGUGGGUCACUGUCAGUCUGUAAUGGGGACCGAUGUUCCCGCCGACCCCCUGUCUCCUCAGAACAGCCAAAGAGGCGGAUCAUGCCAGAACCCCGGGGGGUUGCCAGGUCUACCGAGUCUGACUCCUGCACAGCAGUAUAGUCUGAAAGCUAAAUAUGCAGCAGCAACCGGCGGCCCACCGCCAACCCCGUUACCCAACAUGGAGCAACCCGGCAACCCUGGAAGAUUCCUGAGGGAAUGCCACGGCCAACCUCUUCCACCGUUUCUGCAGCAAGGUGGUACGAGGAGGCACAGUGCUAAUGCUGAAUACGGCACAGGAGUGAUCUAUCCGCAUCAGGCACCCGGGAACAACACGAGGCGCGCCAGCGACCCAGUACGCUCUGGUGCCGACCCGCAGGGUUUACCCAAAGUGCAACGCUUUAAUAGCUUGAGCAACGUGUCCCUUAUGAGUCGUCGCAAUGCACUGCAGCAAUGCGGAUCUGAUGCCGCUCUAAGUAGGCACAUGUACUCGCCUCGUCCACCGAGCAUCACUGAAAAUGUGAUGAUGGAGGCUAUGGCUAUGGAUCCGCAUGGUGCCGGUGAAGGCAGAGAGCAAGGCAACGUGAUCCAAAGUGGAGAACGAGCCUACAUGGGCUACCAGCCACCUCCACAAUGCAACCACCCUCACAACCCAAGUCAACUCUCUCCUGGACAAGAAGGUCUGAGUUGCAUGGAUCAAGUCUACCAGUCUCAAAUGCAAGGUCCGUACCAGCGUGAGGAAAUCUGUGCCAGCGGGAUAAUGGGUCAGGCUGACAUUGCAAACAAUCUUCUACAGCAAGCCGAAUUUGGCAUGAGCAACUGUCAGCUUAGCCCCUCCGGUCCACAUUAUCCCAGCCAAGGUGAUGGAUCGGGACCUUGGGGACAGACAAACCAGCUCCACAGCCCCCAGACUGAUAUGCAGUUCCACUGCGCAGGGAUGCAAGGACAACACUACCCUCAACAGGGUGUAUACGACCCUACAUCUGACCCUGGCCAUCAAAGAGUUAUUGUAAAACCAGAGCAGUUCCAUUCAUCCAUGGGAGGAUCUAGUUCCUGCCAAAACACUAAACCUCUACACCAGAAUCGGCAUAAUGCAAAUAUGCAGGCCUAUCCUCCGCAGUCAGGACAGGCUAUCAUGGGCAGGGCCUCCAAUGCUAAUUGUGACUUCCAUCAUGGGCAGAUGGGAACACAAGUCGGUCUUCCACAGCAGAGCCAGGCGGGGUCAUUCCAGAGCGGUGGAGGGAUAAAUCUUGCACUGGCGGAGAGCCGUAGAUCACAGACCCCAAUGCAUCAGAUGAAGGAAAUGAUGGUGAGGAAUUACGUGCAGUCCCAGCAAGCGCUUCUUUGGGAACAGCAGCAGGAGCAAAGGGUAGUUGAUGGUCUCUCUGGGAAGCCAGAUGGCAUGGAAAUCGGGGGACAUCCACAAGCGAGUCAGAACCUUUAUCCUGGGAACUCCUACCAAGGCUACUCCAAUCAGAACUUGAUGAGCCCACCGCAAAAUCGAGGUCCUGGUUCCAUCAAAGAGCAUGCCGCUGGGAUGCAGGGAUCCUGCUACGGGCCGGAUAUGGUGCCACGACCACCUCAGGGACGAAAACCUCUGAGUCGUCAAAACAGCCUAUCGCAGCAGACAGGUGGAGCUUACCUGGGCAGCCCAACUCACCUGAGCCCGGUCCACUCCACCGCCAGUCCCAGAAGAGGAGUCCGUCUCCCACCGGUUCAACAACAGCAACAGCAUUCAGAAAACUUCACUAAUAACAACAACCCCAUGUACUACUCAGGCCAGAUACACAUGCACCACGACAUAGAGAAGACUCAGGAUGGCCCAUGCUUGGCCCAGCAGCACCUGACAGGGAUAGACCCUAGUUCCAAGCCCACUUCGAUGGCAUACUCGGACCCUGCACCCAUGUCCAACGCCUUAGAAAACCUGGACUUGGAGAACGCUCAGAUCGACUUUGCUUCCAUCAUCGAUGACCCAGAACCUUCAUCUUACAGUCCAAUAAACCCAGCGCUUGGACACCACCAGUGCUCCUCUCAGACCUCCUCCCGUCUCACCACACCCCAAACCUCCAUCACCCUUCCAAGUGGCCUUUCCAAUAUGGCAGUCGGGGACAUGACCUCGAUGUUGACGUCCCUUGCUGGGGAGAACAAGUAUUUGAACACGUUGUCUUAAAAUGUUUAUAAACAUAAAAUUGGGCCAAAGUGAGCUCCAAUGUAAACUCUAUUGCCCUUUCAACACUAAUGGUUCCUAUGGAUGUUGUUUUCUUGCUCAUACACCAAGUACUGAUGGCAUCCUUCAUGGGAUCUCAGAGAUUUUGCAUAAUAGUUUUGUAAUUUUGUGAAAUUGCUGAACAUUACCACAGAGGCCUAAUGACUAUUACUGAAGGGGCAUUCCGAUCACUACUGUGAGACUGUUUACGAUGGAAAUCUUGUUUAAAAUGUAAAUAUGAGCUUUGGAUUGUAAAUGGUGGAAAGAUAGUAUAAAGAAAAUCUACUUUUUGAUACAUAUACAGACUUGGACUGGCAUAAAAGCCACAUGAACUCUACACAAGAAGACUGAAAUACUAAGUGAGUGUUUAAUAGAGGAAUCUGGUUGGCCCGUUCUCUAGAAGUAUUGGCAAAAACAGGAUUUAAGUGCCUUCGACCAUUGUGGCCUCUUUGAUUCCUCACAGGUACGACAUGAGAUGAGACAAAUGGACAGUCAGAUAGAAAUGAAUAAACUCAGUAUGAAGCGCCAAGUAUACAGACACUUAAUGUACGAAUACAGCAGAAUCCAUAGCCUUUCAAAGUAUACUGCACAAAAACAGGUGGCUGACACAUGCGCACUAGACAGUUUCAUCUUUGAUGAUGUCUGUUCUAUUACUCUAAAGAAGUAACGAGCGAUAAAAACCAGCAUCUAUGUUCUCUUUUAAAGUGCCCCUCUUAUGGAUUUGAUUUUGUUGGUCUUUUCGUGUUGGUCUGAAUGAAAAUGAAAAAUUCAUUCUUUGCCACUGGAUGCCUCUCUUAGGGUGGUAAAAAAUGCAGUUUUCUUAGGAACGUUGUACACAAAGCAGCACUACAACCUUUCUUUAUCAGUCAUUACAGGCAUGAUGAAAUGAAAAUGAGACUAAUUGGACAAAUCACUGCAGAUCAGCGUCAAGCAGAGAAGGGGUUUGGAAAAAUACAUUGUUGAGCGAAUCUUUUGGGAGUCGUUGAGCGAGUAGGGUGCACGUUAUAAGAAAAUUGUGUUUUUUUGACAGUGCAUGCAUUUCAAACCGUUGUUUAGUACUCCUAAAAUCAAAGUAUGAAACUUUCAUAACCCAUAAUAGGGGCACUUUAAAUUAGAAGAUGACUAUAUUGUUACAUUUCCAGUAUUUUGUGGUUCCGUCUCAUUUCUUUUUCUACCAUUAAACAACCAAUGUCGCCACCUUGUGGGCCGACUGAUUAGUGAAUAGAAAGUGUUUGCAUAAAGAGUACAUGCAUAUACUCUGGGGAGAAGAAAGAGUGUUCUCACUAAAACACAUCGCUAACUGUCAUAAUGGCAGAUUACAGAACAGUAUUUUGAAGCCUUGUUAACUAUCUCUAGGUCUAGACAGGAGUCUUUGAGUCAUAAUAUUAAUACAAAUUCUAGUGUUUGUUUUCUGAUUAUUGGACUAGUCUGCUUUCAGACAGAUAUGUUAAAGGGUAACGGCACUGAGUGUUUUUUGUAAGGUUUCUUUUAGUCUGCGCUGCGCUAUGUAACCCAAGCUAGCAUGCAUAUGCAUUGCACUGACAACAGCACUGAGCUGAGGAGAAGUGAUGAAUUUUAAUUAAAGCUUCCAUAUAGUAUGAAAGGUACACACAGUGCAGGUAUUUUAUUUUUUUGGUUUUAAGUCCUCUGUUACUUCAACACUUUGUGUACUCGUUUUAAGUAUCAUUUUAUCAUGUAAGUGUUAUCCAGGGCUGCAACCCUUUAAAAUCCCAGUGUUUCCACUUUCUGUGGCAUACCAAAGACGACCGGCACUCAGACGAGUCCACUCUUGAUAUUUGCUAGACAUCAUUUGCAUAGUCUGCUAGACGUCACGUGCUUUCAUAUUGCUGCAAAAAAUGCAACGAUGUUCUUUUUUUUUAUCAUUUGCUCUUUUUUAAAGAAAAAAAAAACAAAAAACAUUUUGUGGUUUUUGCAUUUCUGUGUGUUUUUAUAUCUGUCACAGUUCACUCAAACCUUUUUGCUGGCAAAAGUUCAUAAAGUAGUAACAGAUUUAUGAUAUUAGCAUUUAUCCCAUCUAUUUACAAGGAAGUGAUAUUUUUGCGUACCGUUUUCUACAUUUUUGUACAAAAGUACUAUAUUAUACCAGUUUAUAAAUAAACAGAGCCUGUGAUGGAAGAAAAGUAUGUGUUGUAUUAUGCUUCUUUGUGCAUUCUUAUGUUAUUAUCACAAAUAAAGGUACAAAAGCUGUCACUGGGACGGUAC